AUGGUGCUCGUUACAAAAUUGACUCAAUUGCUAAACAUUAAACAUCCCAUCAUCCAAGGUGGUAUGCAACACAUUGGUACAGCAGAACUGGCAUCAGCUGUAUCCAAUUCGGGGGCUUUGGGUAUUUUGACUGGACUGACACAACCAACACCAGAGGAUUUGCGUAAAGAGAUUCGACGCUGCCGUGCAAUGACUGAUAAGCCUUUUGGCGUCAAUUUGACAUUUCUGCCGGCCAUCAACCUUCCUCCAUACAAGGAGUAUGCUCAGGCUAUCAUUGAGGAAGGAGUGCAAGUAGUAGAGACAGCCGGAAACAAUCCUGGCGAAUACAUCAAAAUGUUCAAAGCAGCCAACAUCAAGACCAUUCACAAAUGUGUGGCUGUUCGCCACGCACUGACAGCUCAGCGGCUUGGUGUUGAUAUGGUGUCGAUGGAUGGAUUCGAAUGUGCUGGACAUCCUGGUGAGGACGACAUUACAGCACUUAUUCUACUCGCCAAAUCAGCCCGUGUGCUGGACAUCCCCUUUGUUGCUUCUGGCGGCAUUGGUGAUGGCAGGGGAUUGGCAGCGGCAUUGGCACUUGGGGCAGAGGGAGUCAACAUGGGAUCUCGCUUCAUGUGCACGCAAGAAGCACCCCUUCACGCAUCCAUCAAGCAGACCAUGGUGGAGGCAGAUGAGAGAUCGACGGCAUUGGUGUACAGACCCUUCAAGAACACAGCCAGAAUAUUCAAGAACAAGGUUGCCAUUGAAGUUAAUUUGCGCGAAAAGAAUCCCAAUGUCAAAUUUGACGACAUUGCAGAGCUGGUAGCGGGUGUGCGUGGCAAGCAAGUAUUCACCCACGGCGACAGUGAUUUUGGAGUGUGGACAGCAGGCCAGGUAUUGGGUCUGAUCAACGACAUUCCUACGUGCGAUACGCUUGUGAAUCGCAUGGUCCAGGAGGCUGAAUCCAUCAUCAAAGAUAGACUUUCCAACAUGAUUCAAUAA